AUGUGGAAAAUCGCUGUCAUUUUAUCACUGUUAUCACUAGUUGCCAAGUGUCAGCAAGUCAAUCAAACUUCUCCAACAUCACAAUCUGCCACACUGAGCUUCAUCUCACAGAAAAUGAAUGCCACCAAGAAAGCACCAACCGCCGACGAUAAAGAGAAAGUGACGAUCCUCUGCAGUAAUCGCAGCUCACCAUCCUUUCAACCAGUUACUGUGAACGACAAACAAGUGAUGGACAAGUUAGACUUCCAGAAACCUUUAACCCUAAUAGUGCACGGAUGGAAUGGCAAUAUCAGCAAACCAUUCAUGCGAAAUUUGACUCAAAACUAUUUGUUGUACGUUGACAGCAACCUGUGUCUGGUGGAGUGGAGCAGCAUGGCUGCUUGCGAAUACAGCGUAGUCUUUGAGCAGGGUGUCAAAAAAGUCGUUAACCAUUUGACCCGAUUCGUUCGUUUUGUGCACCGCAGCGGGAUGGCCUACGGCGACGUAACUUUAGUUGGACACAGCUUAGGGGCACACAUUGCCGGCCUGGUCGGUAAGAACCUGGAUGGGCAGAUUGGAGCUAUCUACGCACUGGAUCCCGCCGGGGUGUUGUUCACAUUUCCUCUGGAUGUUGGCGAGGACAAACGUUUGGCUCCCACUGAUGCCCAGUACGUUCAGGCGAUCUACACCAGCAGCGGAACACUAGCGAUGAGUGUCGCAGCUGGGCAGCAAAACUUUUGGGUCAAUAAGGACGGAGCUCAUCCGCAACCGGGAUGCGAAGAUGCCUCUACGGAGACGGACGAGUUUGAGAGAAUGUAUGAGGCAGUUGGAUGCAGUCACCGAAUGGCACUGGUAUAUUUCACUACAGCAUUAAAUCCAGAGGUAAAUUUCACAAUGAAACGCUGCUAUGCUUACUUGAUGUAUCAAUCCGGGCUGUGUGUUCUUGCUACCAAAGAUAAAUUGGGCAUUCACGCAGAGAGAAUCUCAGGAAACUUUUAUGGCGCUGUCUUACCAUGA